AUGGGUAUCAGUCCGCAGAUCACCAACCUCAUGAUCAUCCUUGGUAUGAUGCAAGUCACCAAGAAGAUCCCCUUCGAGGACGAGAACGUGCUCAACCUUGUCCGCGCCAUCUACAUUGGCAGCAACGUCAUCAUCGCCGCUCUCUACUUUUACAUUCAGAUCCAGAUCAACAGGAAGAAGGACAUGACCACCCUCAAGUACGUUGAGCCCCCGCCAAUGGGCUCUUCCGAGGAGGGCAAGCUCGUCACCACCACGAUCCACGCCUACGAUUCCAACCAGCUCCGCCAGCUUUGGCGCGGCCAGCUGAUGGGUAUUGCCAUGAUGUCUUUCAUGCACCUCUACAUGAAGUACACCAACCCCUUGGUCAUCCAGAGCAUCAUCCCCGUCAAGUCCGUCUUCGAGAGCAACCUUGCCAAGAUUCACAUCUUUGGCCAGCCCGCCUCUGGUGAUCUCAAGCGACCUUUCAAGGCGGCCCAGAGCUUCAUGAGCGCCAUGCAGGGUGCCAACGGCUCCGUCCAGAGCGACAAGAAGGCUGUUGAGGCUGCCGAGAAGGCCGGUCGUGGCGGUGCCAAGGAGGAGUAA